CGAACUUUGUUAGACUGAGAAAAAACAGGUCUACGUUAACAACAUAUACAUCAUGGUAUUAACGGUGUCAUUGGGCUUCGCGCUAAGUGCGCGGCCCAAUAGCAAAAAAAGUAUCAUUAAAUACAAGCAUUUGCAUAAGAGCGAAAUGAAGUUAAUCUGAUAGUGAAAAUAUUCAUUGAUUGAUUGAGGUUUUGAAUCCGUUACACAUAGGCAAACUAAAAGUAGCUCCUUUGAAAUAAACCAAUAGAGGGGAGGCUGUGUACAUAGUUAUUAGCGGUAAUUAUGAGGAUUUUAACUUGAACAAGUUGAAAGGCAUUUGUCUUGCUACUUUAUUUCGCAAGUUUUUUUUAAAAGUAGCGGGAUAUUUCCAGGGAACAAAUGCUCAAAUGCACUAUUUAAGAUCUUGUAAAUAGUUCAAUUGCUUGUAAUAUAAUUUGAAGACUGAGUGACGUUACAUUUUCCUCAGAAUUUCCCCCAAAUUUUCAUUAGAACUUCUUCAAAGUUUGGAAAGUGGAGCCAAUAUAACCUUAAGGUUACUGUAUCGACAAGUGGUACUUGGUAUUAUUUUGCAAUCAUAUAUGAUUUGUAAUUAUAUAUAAUUACAAAACAAUUAUAAUAUAACUAUAAUAUGCACUCUAAUAAAUCUUAUGUCAAGAAAUUUAAGAGCUGCAACCAACUAUUCACUUUUUACUGAGCGUCUUGCACCAGCGAAUAAUGAGCGAAACACAAUUCCUGAAUUCCGCUACUGAAACAGAUUCUAACUUCAAAUCUCCCCAUUUAAGCACAAGUUGCUCCCAUUUGCCCGUCAAAUUCACCAUCUAUGAACCGGACCCAGAAGACUCAGAUGAUUCCCAUCGCCUAGCUCAAGUAUCUAUAUCGAAUAAUAUGGUUGAUACGAAAGCUAUUGGCGACCCGUUCGACGAUAAUGAAGGUAAACGCUCGGUUAUGUCAAGUGUCCUUGGACCUUAUGUUCUCAAAAACACUCUAAGCAAUUCAUUCGCCUCCAUACCCAAUCACAUAAGAUCUGGAGAAUAUAAAAACAAGCAAUAUAAUACUAGUAAACAAUCUUGUCAAAAUAAUGCAAUAAAUUCUCUGCUUACAUCCAAAACAAGUUUGUCAUCAUCAUCGAUAAUUGGCUCGCAUAAAUUACAUCAAAGUAGUCAAAAUAUUCCAUUGAUUGGUCUGCGCUCCAAUUCCAACUUGACUAUAUCAUCAUUGUCAACAGUUCAAAGCCGUCAUAUUGUCGAGUCCAGUUCUACAAGUGCAUUAUCCAAUCAAAAUGUUUCAAAGCCAAGUCGAUCUCGACCUAGACGUUUUGCAAAUCUUUACAGCUCAUUAACUCCAUCCUACCGAACGAAAUUGGAACAAUUUCGACGUAUUUUUCGUGAUACUCCUGUUGAUACUGAACGACUACUUGUAGAUUAUUCAUGUGCUUUAUCUAAGAAUAAUAAUGGUCUAUUACUGCAAGGUCGAAUGUACAUUACUGAAACAUGGGUGUGCUUUUACUCAAAAAUUCUAUACGAACAGAAAGUAAUUUUAUUUUUCAUUUAUGUACUACUACUGAUGCAUGAGUUUUUAUUUCAGUUAAAGCUUUAAAACAGAACUGAUGUUAUUAGAAGAAAAAAACGUUUAAGACAGUAUAAAUUUAUUGUAUCAUUUCAAGUGUAGUAUAUAUUUGAUUGAGUGGAUUAAUUAAAAUAUUUAUAAAGAAAAUUCAUAUAUGCUCUGUUGAAUAAAUACACAAACUGAACCGCCUCUACGUUCAUUGGAACUUGAGAAAAACCCAGGAAAUAUUAAAGUCAUUAUGAAGAGGAUAACUCUCUUCAGGUGAAUUGAACUUUUUCGUCGAUGAUUGUGGAGAUUGAUAGACUGAUCCAAAGUUAUAACGAUUUCGGACACCUUUUUUGAUUUAAAGAACAUCAAAUAUUUGGAUUUUCUACCGUUUGUACAGUGUCUGAAUGAUUCCUGACGAACUGAAAUUUAGAUAAAUCGUCUGUGCACAAUAUUUUGUGUUCCGAAAAAAUAUGAAACAACGGAGCUUCUUAAAACUCUAGCUUCUGAGGAUGUCCGGGGAUGUCUUAAACAAUGGGUUUGGGAUUAAGUAUAUUGUUACAAGUUGGGAUUAUUUUUAAUUAAAGAUAUAUCAGCCUUAUAUUUUGCAAAGGAUAUAUGCCGUUAGCGUUAUUUAUCAUACAAACUACUCAUACUGGAUAGAGGUCUUAAUAAUUUACUUUGAGUUAAUUUGAUGUGAAUGUUGAACAAGUUCGUUUAACGUAUCAAAGAGUGCAUACGUUUUUUCUUGUCCAAAUAUAAUCCAUGAUAAGAAAGAAUUUUCUACACAGCAUUUGACCAUAUGUGUCAUUCAAGUUUAGCGAGACCACUGAGUUGGUAAUAUUGUGAUCAGUUGUAGGUCACUAGAUAGAAAUGAUGCGUCUAAUGAUGAGUCUGUAAACUGUCAUCUAUUUAGGUAAAUGACAUAUUUACCAACUGCAUAUGUUUACUCAUCGUCUUUGACACAUUACACUGACUACGAUAUAAAGCUGUUGAAUUUGAUUUGAGCUUUAUUUAUUGUUUGAAGGAUUAUUAUAUUACCUGAUCACAUUAACCUAAUUAGGUUGAAGUGAAUGAAAUCCAUUUGAGCUAAUUACUCACUGACUUACGCCUGUUAAAUUUCGUGGAGGAGCCUAGGCCGCCCACCAACAUUCUCCAUCCAAGUCUGUCCUGGGCAAUCCUUUUCAGCUGCUAUUUAUCCUAUUCCUUUCUGUUUCCACUUGUCAGCGCUGUGUGUUCUUUGGCCUUCCACUUUUCUGUUUACCUUCGAGAUUCCAAGCUAGCGCAUGCUUCGUGAUUCAGUUCAAUGAUUUCCUCAAUAUGUGUCUUAUCCAUUUCCAACGUCUUCUUCAUUUCCUUCUCAGCUGGAAGUUGGUUUGUUAUCUCCCUCAGUGGGCUGUUGCUGAUGGAAUCCCGUCAAUGGACAUUGAGUAUCUUGCGUAGAAAUUUGUUUAUAAAUACUUGUACCUUUUUGAUGAUAGUUGUGUUAGUUCUCCAAGUUUCAGCUCCGUUAUAGUAGCACUAACUGUCUUGACGUUCGUAUUAAAGAUUGUGACUGAUGUCGGUUAACAGUUGUUUUGAAUUCCAUAUGUUGUUCAACUGUAGGAAUGUGGCCAUUAAUUUGCCAGUGCUUACCUUUCACAUCAAUAUCAGAUACCCCUUGUUCACGUCUCUCAGAGUUCCACCAUCAGGUGUGAUUGGGUUGGUGUUUUCUGUGUUGUAUUUCAGGAUCUUACUUUUUCCCUUGUGUUUGUCGAGGUCUACUGUUUCAGAGGCUUCCUCUACAGUGGUUGUCUUGAUCUGGAUUUCUUCAUGUGUAUGGUUUUAGAAGGGUCAGCUCGUCUGCGAAGUUCAGAUCGUCUGGUUUCAUGCAAGCUGUCCAUUUUAUUCCGUACUUCUUCCGAGAUGUGGAGGUUUUCAUAAUCUAGUCAACCACCCGAAGAAAGCGGAAUGGGGUGAGUAAGCAGCCUUGUCUUGGAACCUGUCUGUCAGCUGUCCUCUAUGCAUGACUUCGCAGUGUAGUCUGUCGUAUGAAUUCCUUGUGAUUUCGCCGAUCUCAGGUACACCAUAGUGUUGAAGAAGGUUCCAUAAUGUUCUCCUAUCCACGUUUUCAAGCGCUUUCUCGUAAUCAAGGAAGUUAUUAUUAUUAUUUAUUAUUAUCAGCUUUAUUCAAUAUUAUAUUUUUGGUACAAUAUAGAAUUCUCAGCGUAAAGUAUUUCAACACGUUUUCGUUUCUUUCUUUUUGGUCGGUCCUGGCGAUAAAUAUUGUGUGAUCGCCAGUUAGAUGUUAGCGGUUCACUAAAUGAACAUCUGAAUAAUGUGUAUUCUUUCCGUUGUAUAUUGCCAGCAACCACAUUGUCUGUUAUUGAGUUUUUUGUAACUUUGACAACGAAAGGUUGUACACUUUUCAGAAACGCAGCAGAAUAGGUUGUGCGAUUAAUAAACAUAAUGAUAUAUUAAAACAAACAAAAAUAGAUAACUUGUUGAAAUAUCUAGAUGGCAGGAACAGGUAGCCCAGAUGAUCAAGCAGGCCGCCGUAUAAUGACGAAUUCCAUCCAAUCAAUUGCUCAACAAUGAUGCAUAUUGUCUAGAAUUAGCCUGUGCAUGACCGAUCGUUACGGAAUCCGACCUACUGAUCUGGAAGCUGAGCGUUUACUGAUUCUUUCAUCCGGUUCAGCAACACUUAAAAACGUUUCUUGGUACCGACGAUAGUGUGAUUCCUCUGUAGUUCUUACAUCUGUUCAGAUCUCCUUUCUUUGGUAUCUUCGCGAGAUAUCUUUUUUUCAGUCUGUGGGCAGUAGUUUUUACUUCCAAAUGUUCCUGAAUAGAACGUCGAGCAAGUUUGCAGUUACCUCUCUGUCUGACAUCAGUGCCUCAGCUGGUAUAUUUUCUGGCUCUUCUUAUUCCUUUUUCUUGCAGCUUUUUCCGCUGUUGUUGCUAGGUCUUCCUCGUAUUCCUGCUUGUCAGAUCUAGUGCUCUUCUUCACUUGCUUGUUUGCUUCUGUGUAUUCAGCUUGUGCCUUGACUUCCUCUGUUCUUGUUCGGCUGCUGUUAAUUGCUGUCCCUUUGUUCUUUCUUUCGAUAGAGAUCCAUUCCUUAUGAUGUUACUUUUUGCGGUCCAGAACCUCCUGACACGUUGAAGUUAAUGCUUCUUAGAUACCCUUCCAGUUGUCCUUCAUAGUAGUUUCUUCUUCCUUCAAUAGAUCCUGUAAGGCUUGGAAUCUGUUGUUGAGAGCUAUCUUGAAUUCGUUAAGUUUGUCAGUAUCUCGAAGGAAGACUGUAUUGUUGUGCUGUUUUUCCACUUCUUCAGUCUCAUCUUAGUAACCACCUUGUUGUUGUGCGGCACAUUUUCUUCGUGACCAAAGUACAACGGCACCCUAAGCGAAUCUAGCUUUUGCUGUCCAGCUUGGAUCCGAUGUGUUUUACUUAUUCUGAGCACCAUCAAGUUGUAUCUUCUCAUUUCCGUAACUAUUUGAUUGGUCAUCCUCAUAUCUCACAUUGUCCGGGUAUUCCAUGUACCUAUAUUAAUUGUUACUCAAUUUGUUAGAAAAGGACAUCAGCCUCGUUGCUUCCGAAGAAUCUCGGCUUUCACCAUGAAGCGUCAUAACUCUUCUAAAUGAUGAUCCUUCAACUCAGAGGGUAGAGUUCAAAUAGUUUAAUUUGUUUGUUCCGAUUAGCAUUUUUUCAAAAAGGUGUUUUCCUACGGGAUGAGGUCGCUGCUCUCAUGUACAACCCUCUUCUUUUACCCAGUCUUGAGAUCGGCAGUAACCCUAGAAGAGCUACAGGUAGAGUUAUUUGAGUUUAUAGUUGUUGUUUACUUCAUCGAACUGCUGGUCGUUCACAUUUAGUCCAUUUAACACAAUUAUCUAUUAUCUUUUUUGUGGAAAAACACUAUUUAGAAAACAAAUGUUGUACUUGUAAUACUUGUAAACUACUUAGGUUAAUAUAUUAUUUACUGUUUUUCACAAGAAACACAAUUCUAAAUGCACUCCAUUUAUUGAUUGAGGUCAAUUAUAUGCAUUGAUUUCUGGUCAUCUGAUCUCCACUGGGCUUUUUUUGACAGUUCAGUGUUUAUAUAUAUAUAUAUAUAUAUUUAUAUACAUACUUGAUUUUUUUUUCUACUGGUUUAUUGAGGUUUUCUAUGGUUUUUUAUGAUUACUAUUAGUAAUAGUAUGAUCGCCUUAUAUAUGAUAUUGAAUCAUGUCAGUUUAAUUGGUUUUUCAAAUGAAUAUUGAUUUAUUCGAAAACAAUCAAUAUUACCUGUUCUCGGAAUGGUGCUUUCAUUAGAGAAAAAGUAAUGGGGUUGAGUGUGAACAGUAAACAAAUAUUUAAUAUAUAUGCAAAAUAGAAGUUCAAUAAACGUUAUUGUCGACGUUUGGAUGUUACGUUAAUUUAUGCAUAUCUAAUGACUAGUCUAUAAUGUAACAUGCUGAAUUGUUAUACUGUGAGUAAUGAUUAUGUAUAAGUGUAAACCAAUUCGUUUCUGUAUUUAAGUGUUGAAUAUUAGUAAUGGUACAUUGUUAAUCAGAUUGUGGCAUAUAAACUGAUUAACUAAUCAUCUGUAUGUAAUCAAAUUUCUUGGAUAUCAAAGAUUACAGUUUUACAUCAUACAGCUGACUCGUUUAUCUGAUUUAUUUCAUUUUGUAUAAGCUCUGGCCUAAUAAGUAACCCUAAAAAGUGAAAAACAUAACCGUCACCUGAAUAAAAUGUCCUCGUAGAAUUGACUUGUGAAUCUCUGUUUAGUGCGGUGAAUAUUUUGUACGGUGGUUUGCGUCAUGGAUCUUACAAACAGUUAAUCUGUUAUUCAUAUUUAAAUAUACUAUUAUGAUUUUUGGAUUAUGCUUCCUUAAGAAGUGAAUAUCUCUUGCUUUCACAUUUAUAUUUAUUACUCAUCAUAAUUUUAGAUAUUUUUGGCCGUCAAUGAGAUCGUUGCAAUUACCAAAGAGAAAACCGCUCGUGUUAUACCAAAUGCAAUCCAAAUUUUAUAUUCUAAAAAUCAUGAACGAUUUUUCUUCACAUCAUUCGCUUCCAGAGAACGAUCUUAUGCAAUAUUACGCAAAGUUUGGGAAAAUUGUCGUAAUCAUCAGGUAAAGUGUGCGAAAGACUUGAGGAUAUAUGUUUUAAUUAGUAACUGUUAGUCUUCGGUUUAUUUUCGUUUUUUCUUUCUACCACAGCUCUAUGUUUGCUUUAUUAGGUAAGCUUAUUAUUCACGUAAUAAAUAAGUCCACUGUAAAUGACUUGAUAAUAGUAAGAAAACUAUAUUAUUGCGAAAUGACAUCAGUACAAAUUUAAAACUGAAAAUUGACAAUAUGAGCUUACACAGUGAGUGGUAGUAUCUACUAUUAUUUACUCCUAUUACGUAUUUAGAUGUUUACUUGUUAUACUAAACAAUACCUUUCAAGUAUUACCCCUUACUGUUUGAAUGUAUUUUCUUAGUAAAACUUAAUAUUCCUCAUAUUUAUGGUUACUUACGUUGUUGUAUCCGUAAAUUGACUGAAUUCCCGUACUAGAAUUUCUUGACUCCUUUAACACUUUUUUUCACUGAUGGAAAUCCACUUUUCAUAUGAAUUUCAUCCAUUUUUAAUUUGUAGAUCAUUUUUAUAUUCAUAUGAUAAAUGAUAUGGUAAUUUACUGCAUAUGUAUGCAUUACAUUGUUGAUAAGGUAUUCUUGUCUUCUUCCAUCUAUAUUUCUUAUCAAGAGAUUAGUUGUAGAGAAAACGUAACCAUGCACUCAGUUUAGUUUGAAAUGGUUUGGAUUAUCUCGGAGUGAAUUAUCUAAUAAUUCAAUAUUGUUUUCGAUUAGAUCCUCGUCAGGCUUUACUCUAAUAUACAGUAAUGGGAAAUAGAUGUCCUGGAUUUGAUAACUCUUUCCACUGGAAAUUAGCCUUGAAAGCUAAAUAUAAUAAUGUAAACAAGAUUAUUAUAUAAACAAAUGAUUAUCUUAAUAAUUUUUUUCUAAAUACUUUCAUAUUAUAUUAUGAAGUGUGAACAUCUUAAAAUGUGAAAUGUAAAAAUAUGUUCACUCAACAUAGUUUAAUGACUUUCAACUGUAGUUGUUCAUUGUGAAGGGAUGUCAGUUGGAAAUACUAUUAUAAACCAAAUGUGUUUUAUUUUUUCUGAUGCAUGGUGGAUCAAAUAAACUCUCGUUGAUCGGGUUAUAUUUAUUCCAUUCAGAGAAUUAUAUGCUUAAUAUACUUGGUCACCUUAUAGAGUCGAGAUCUGUUUACAUCCUUUUACUUGUUUUAUUAAUCAACUUAAUGGAGUCAAAUAUUUUUACUUCCAUAAAGUGUCUUUUUUCUUAUUCAUUCAUAAAACAAACUCAUAGUGAUUUAUGAUGUCACAAGUCCGCUUUAUACCAGUUUCACUUUGAUCCUACUCAGUAUACAUAGAUUUCUUCGAUGGUAUUCUGUAUGUCAUAAUGUUCGAGUAUUAAAAUUUACGAUCGACAAAUUUGAACUAGAAAAAUAAAAUAAACGAACCCACCGAAGAAAUUGGUAGAUAAUCGCGCAAUAUCGUGGAUUGGUUGAAGUUGGACAUUUACACUAUUGGAUCCCGGCUUAGGGGUUUAAAGGUUACAUGUUUGUGCGUGAAAUCAAAGGUGCUGGGUUCGAUUCACGCUUGAAGGGUCGUGGAUGCGUACUGCUGGAAAAUCCCAUACUAGGACGAGACGCCCAUCUACUGCUUCAAGUUUUUUAAUCGUGGUUUAACAUUGAUUGGUUAAUGAUUUCAAUGUAAAAAAUCAACACAACCCAUAACCCCCACAUUGAAAAUAAAUUAGUAUUAAAGAACUAUUGCAAUUUCUAUCUACAUUAAAUUAUAAAUUAUUAUGUGCUUUUAAAGGAAUUAUGAAUUAUGUAUCGUCACGGUUUUGCCACAUAUUUAUACGUAUUCAUUCAAUUUUGAUUCAUAAUACUUAUUUUAUAUGGUUAAAAUAAUUCUAUCUGGUUACUGAAAUUGAAUUAAAUGGAGUAGGGUCUCGAUGUUGUUUUUAACUUCAAUUAAUAGAAAGUACCGCCGAUCGAUAACUGUUUUGCUUUCUACCACUUCCUUAUUUGGAUUUUUCGACUAUUUUUUUAAUUUCGAUGGGAAAAAGUUGAAUUUUUCAACCAAUUAUAUUGAACAGUGGAUAAGUAAAUGAUGAUGUUCUUUUCAAGAAGCAACCCAUAGUGUUUACAAUCUUUGAUUUAGUCAACAGUAAUUAUGCGCCUGAAUUCCCCUUAUUUAUUUCAUAUUGUUUUGAUUCUCUAAUCAUAUAUAUUAUCAGUACAUAUGUACAUAUAUACUUGUAAACAUAGAAAUGAAUACAUCGGUUCAUUGGUAAUGUAAUAAAUAGUCUUUUCUUUAAAGCACAUGAAAUACUUGUCUCUUAGUCACUAAUAUCGAAAUCUUUAUCUUUUCCCGGUGUGAAAACACAAGACACUUGUACAAAUAAAUCAGGUAAGCUAUGCCUGUUGCUAUUAUUAUUGUCGUUUGCAGUCUAACAUUGUGUUGAUAGAUUGAGUUUAUCCAUACACUACAUGUUUCUUCCUCUCUCUAACUUUUUUCUCCUGUAACUUGUAAAUAACUUUUAAAAAAUAUACACUUUUCUCGUCUCUAACUCAAUUGCUCUGAAUUUUAUUCAGAUUUACAAAAAUUUUUUAGUCUUUCAACUAUAACUUGUAAAGUUGUUAGUUGUUUUUCAAUGUCUAAAACUCACUAAUAACUGUUUUUCUUUUUGGUUAACGCUCUUCAGUUUGUGGUGAUACUGAAACUAAACGUAUUUUGUAGUGAGAAACUUGUCAAUGUCAGCUAUAGUUUUUGCUUACAAAAUGGUGGAAUAUAGUUAACUAAUGAACAAUUUACUAGAAAUUACCGGUGUUAUUCUCAGCAUCUAUAUAUAUCUAUUCUUAUAUUUCACGCUAUUUCGUACUCGCUAGUUCUGUGUCUGUUUUUUCUAUUUUCCAAUGUGAUGGAAACUUGAAAUCCUCCCAUUUUUAUAUUAUACGUAUCUUCUUGACUGAAUUAUUUAACUGUAACUAAUUAACGACAAAUGAAUAAGAGGGAGGAGUGGCAUGGAGUCAACCUAGAUUGUGCAUUUUUCUUUUUUUUGAUAUUAAUGUUUAUAGCUUGUGCAAAGACUGUGUAUCUUGUUUUCGGAACAUUCACUAAAUUUAUGUUCAGUAGUCGUAUUUCUGCUGUGUUGUGUAAUUUCUCUUGGUCGUCUGAAAUUCUCUUCAUUUUUAUACUUUUGACUGACAUAAUAGUUACUAAACAACUUAACAGUUAAGGAACUUGACUUUCGACAGUAAGUUCCAGAUUUAGACAUCGGCUUGGGUUUGGAUAGGCAGACAGGUAUUGUCUUAGUUAUCACGUAUUCUGUUAUUACAAUUCAUAUACUGAAACUUACACAGUUAUAGUGUUUAUUAGAACUGAUUCCCCUUGUUGAUCGUUAAAACUAACGUUUAUUUUUUAUCUGCGGUAUAUCACCUCACAGUAAAUUCGUAGCAAUUCUCAGGCAUUGAUUUUUAUUCCUGAUCGCUUCCAUAUAGAUUUAUCAAUUCGUCUGAUCCUGUGAUUUGUGUUUUAUCCAAAAUAGUUCAGGAACAUUAUCCAACAUGAUUGUAAUGUGUUAGUACCGAAUCUAUUAGAAGAUCUGUAGUUGAAUUAAUAGUGCAUCAUUAUAGAUAUUUAGUUAAAAUUUCUAAAAUUACAUACUCCAUAGAUUUUCUUUCUAGUUUGUGCUUUAUAUCUAAUAGGUUUACUGGUUAUGCAACUUCAUCGUGAAAAACAGUGAAUUGUGUUAAUUCCAGCCUGAAUUAUUUACUACCUUUGUUUAGAAAAAUCCUAUAAAUGCUUUGAGCGUAUCUUUUUAAUCUCAAUCAUUUUUAAGACAUAUAUUCCAAUUAAAAUCUUAACAAUAAAGAACAUACAGAGGAUGCAGUGUUAUGUGACCUGAGAUUCAAAGUAACCUGAAUAGCUGUCUAGUAUCGCAUGUGAUUGUAAAGCAGGAUAAUAUAGGUCCCUAUUCCAUGUGGAACAAUAAUUCCGUUUAGACUGCAAGUAUAUCCUUUGUAAGGUACGUCAAAUAGCUUGAAACCUGUGUAAUUGGCUUCCUGCUAAUCGCCUUUAAUCACUUGGACUAGUGGCUAUUUUGUAACUUGGAUUCAGUCAGCACUAAACACUAGAGAUAUAUGACAUUUCUUACCACCGUGUGAUUAAUUAAUGAAAAUAUAGACAAAGAAUUAAUUAUCACGUAUACGUACUAAAAAGAUUACUUUUUCUAGACCCAAUAGAGAUAAGGAUUAUCAGUUUAUCGAAUGAUAAGCUCAAGAUUUGAAUACCAUUACUGAUAUUUCUGACCUUUGGUUUAAUAUUAAUCAGGUUCGUCUAUUGAACAAAUAAUAAAAUUAGUUAUCUCUUUUUUACAUGAAACUAGUAGUGUCAUCAAACUCUUGGAGUGUUUUUUUUAAAGGACAUAUUGCCCAUAGCUUUUUUUGUAGUAAAUGAUAAUGUGAUACAGUUUUCGAGCAAUCAGCUGAAGCCAGUUUCUUAAAAGAACACUGGUUUAUGAUUACUUCUUUGUAUCUGAUCAGAAAGAGCUUUUUGUGCUUUAAGUAACUUGUAAUUAUUGUGUUAUCUAGGGCUAAACUACAUAGAUAAAUGAAUAAGCGUAUAUUAGUUAUGAAGAAACUUUGUACUUUUCAAACUUUCUGUUGAAAUUUGGCGGUUGACAGGUCUAUUUACUAUCAUUUCUUUCCCAUCAAGAUAAUUAAACGUCUAUUUCGUUUGUUAUUUUGCUUGUGAACAACUCACUGAAAAUAAUACAUAUGAAAGAAUAAUUUGAUUCGCUUUUUCUGGCUCGUUGUAAGAAAAUUGUUUGCUGUAAAUUCGGUUCAGGUUAUUCAAAACAUUUUCCACUUCAUUGUAUUCAGCACUUUGAUCGUUAUUUCUUUUACUUAGUAAGUAAUGGCUGAUUAUUAGAGAGGAAUAUCCGUUAAAUAUUUCAUUUCAAACUCUGGUUUGAAUUAGUGUAUUUUUCUUUCUCACUAGACAUUAACAUUUUCAUAGAACAUCUUAUUUGCUUGCAAUAAAAUAUUUAUUUUACAUUACACUCUAAUAUACUUUACUUAUCAAAUAGAAUGAACAGAAAAGUGAAUGUUGUACCUGGUAUAUCACAUUUAAUGAACAUUCAGAAAAUGUUUCAAUUAAUCUCACCAUUAAAUUCUUUCUGUUCUCUAAAAAAUAGUGUAAAUUACUUUUAUGAUAAUUCAAUAGAUUUCAGAGUUAAUUAAGCUAAUGCUUUGUUUAUGUCAGACUACGUUGGUCUUGAUGUUUAUAAUCAUUAGAAUAGUUAACUUUCCAAUCUCCGUAUCUGCAUACAUGUGUGUGUGUGUGUUUAUUUAUCCUUGUAUGAAAUAUCGCGAACUAUAGAUUUUUGUUCGUUGGCUAACACUAUCAAGAACUUGUAUAAUUAUGUUCUUAUCAUACAAUAUAAAUGACAAUUUUAUUUAAAAAACAUCUUCAUUCCAUUGCCAAUCUGUCACAUAAUACGUAAAUAAUUAAGUUAUCUUUUCAUUAAAAUAGUAGGUUGCCUUAUAAAAUAACUUUACAUACAUGCCAGUUUUUUAAUGUUUUGUUUAAUUGUUUCAUAUGUUUCUAUGAUGGUUACGAUCUUGGAUAAUUACUACCAAAUCUCCUCAUUUUGUACAUAGCUAAUUUGAUUCUUGUAUCGUUCCAAUUCAUGUAGAAAAAGUUAUAGAAUUAACGAAGAUUAAGUUCUUUUCGUUAACCGUAACUCAACUUUUCUGUUGUUUAACAUAAUUGUUAGUCACAGAUUAGUUAUAUUCUGUGAAGAAUUCAACUUUUAAAAUUACUUUGUAUAGAAACCAUAAUGUUUACUUGGAAAAAAUAUAGUACUUCCAAACAAAUUUAUUAGUCACUCUUAGUGGAUGUUUACGAUAAUUUAACUAAUCCUGCAAAGUGCUUGAUAUGUCAAUUUAAUUCAUUGAAAGCACAACUGUACAAUUAAGUUAGGACGUAAGAGAGUGACGAUCAGAUUGCUUACUACUACAAUAUUCUCAUGUACCACGAAACAAUUCUUUGAACUAGAUUGAUUUGUUAAAGUUUCCCAACAAGAAACAAAAUCUUAUCGAUGUUGUACUAUUACUCAAGUGAAUUAUAUUAUUCAUAUUUUGUAUAGAAAUAUUCUCAUUUUGUCUUUUUUUCAUAUCUUCAAUUGUUAUAUGUUAAAUAUAGACAAUGAGUAUUGAUGAAAUAUUACAACAAAUACGUGAUAUGUAUGGUGAUUAUAGUUUAGCUAUGGUUGAAGAUGAAGAAGAUACAGAUGGUGAUGCUGAAUUAGUGCCGACUACUUUUCCUCAUAUGGUAAGUUAAUUCUUGUUGCUAUUUGUUCCACAUUUUCUAUUAUACUUGUUUUUGUCAAUAGUUGAUACCAACUGGAAUAUUAGCAAUGGAUAGGUAUUCCGUCUUAGUAUGGAACUUGUCAGUAGCAAUUUACACUUAUCAUCACGUCAGAAAUUGUACCUAAAACCUCUAAGAAAAUAUUUCCUUUAGCUAAUGAGUCACAACUCAAUAGUUUACAUUUUAAGCUUCUCUUCUCUUCGAUAUAGUCAGAUUUGAUGCCAUCGUUAUAUAACAACCCCAUUCCGUACACAUCUGAAGCUGAUCAUCUUUGAUAUCUGACUAGAACUUUGAAAAUGAAUCUCCAAGUCAUUUAGUUCUAAAUACAUACAUAAAGUUUUGCCAAGAUUAGUUUUGGUUGUUUUAUAUCAUGAAACAGUACUAACUAAGGAACAGCUGAAAAUCAGGGUGCACCACAAAGCUAUUUCUCCUUUGUAUGUGUCCAUCUAUAUAUUUGUUUUUCUCUGUUGUAACUCAAAGAAUACCUCAUUUGUUAUCGACAUAAAUUUGUCGGAUACCAAUGGAUACAAAGUUUUUGUCUUGGAAAAAGUAACUAUUUUGAUACUACUUAUGUAGUCACUUCUUUGUUAUUUAAUGGUAUGGUCGGGUUGGUUAUAUGGUAGUUCAAAUUAUCUUUCGUAUGAUCCAAAAUGGGUUACCAACACUGAAUAACUCUAUGAUUGGUGAUACUAGUUUGAAAUUUAUAAGUUCUUAUGGCUUUGAAUUUUUUGGUCCAAACAACUAUCUAAAACGGUCAUAUAAGUUUUGCACUUAGUGUUCCAAGUCUGUUUUGAUGAUGUACUUCGAAAUGUUCUUUAAUUCUGAGGCUCUUGGUGAUUUAUAUUAUUUAUAAUGUUUUAAGUAAUCUGUAGGUAGCUACAGUUCCCACGCUCUCCGAUUUCUAGUUACAUUCUUUAUAUGAGAUUUAAGAAAUGUUAACAAUUACUGUUUCCUAAUUUUGCAAAAGCCUACUAAAGUUUAGUUAUAUGACCAUGGCAUUGUUUAGUGCAUCAGACAAUCUCUGUCACUAGUUUCAUAACAUUUUUAGGUUUGACUUGUCCUUUGGUAAUUGCCAACUUGUCUUGAGAGUGUCCAGUUUUGUGACAUAGAGUCGCAGAAUGUGGUGCAGGUAAAGAUUGACUUCGACAGUCGUGUACUUUCUUCACCAAAGAUCACUGUAAACCUAACAUAAAUGCAAAACUCCAGAGGGGAUAGAAGUUCUGAGAUCUCAAAUGCAAAUGUACUGUAAUCUGAACAAGUCUCAGAAGAUCAUCUGUUUCAUUCGAUCUGUGUUACUUAUAUCGUAUCUGUCUUUACACUUUCUUUUACCUUAACUAAAUGCUAAAGGUUGUUUAGAAAGCUUAAAUUUUAUUGAAUCGGUCUCUUACAAAUAAAACUAACAGUUGUAUUAUGUAAAUAAAUGUUAUAUCUGUGACCGACCAAACCAAUACGAAUUCACCCCUUAUACUAAGUGUCGCAAUGAUAUCGACAAGGUCAGGCGCUACUGCUUCAGAACCUAUAAUAAAUUUCAUCUGUCUAGCAUAUACAAUGAAACAAUCACUGAUGAAUAAAUUUCUAGACAUUACAACAUAAUUAAACAUAUAAUCUCCAUUAUUGGAAAUCUGUGUCAGUAUGUAGAGUUUUCCAUGUGCCUAGGUAUCUCAUCAAAAUCGCUCUGAUCUUUAAUCGUUAGCUUUUGUAAUGUAAACUUUCUAAGAUAACUGAUGGCAGUAUCCAUAGUUCAAAUGUUCUACGAACAAGUUGAUGAUUCAGAUUAACUUGCUAAAAUGUUGUGGCCAUAUUUAGUGACAUGCCCAAUUUUAUUUGCGAAUCAUUGUUUUCUUUGACAUGAAAACGUUUACAGACUAAAAGUAAUAAAGUUUACUAGGGUUUUUAGUACCUACCUUCACUAUUUCAUUACAUUAAAAACUUCAUUAUCAGUUGACGAGAAGAUUUAAGCACACGUCAGUUUAUAUUAUAUUUCUUGUCUGCUACUAUGUUAAAUAUGAAUGCAGACUAUGUUUAUCAGUCAGUCAGUAACAACGUAGAACUUCGUAAGUACGUACAUCAGUUCGAGUCGCCAUACCACAUUAGCACAGAGAUGCAGUUGUCGAUCCAAAUCCCACAGUGGUAGAGGUAGGAAGAGUAUAAACAGUAAUCGGAAAGAUUGAGGUUUGAAGAUGUUAUUCAAGGAGUAUAACCCAAUGAAAUAAAUUUGGGAAGAGAAAAAAAGGGACAUGAAGAAUUCAGAAGAUUAAAAUUUUGGAGAACAAAAAGAGUGGAUCCACAUGCACCAUUGCAAACGAUUUUGAGCCAUGUUAUUCAAGGUUUCUAACCAUCGGUCGCUAUCAUCUCGCGAUCAACAGAGCCUUAAGGCCGAGAAAUACUACGAUUGUGGGACGUCUGAAUGUGUGUCUAUGUUCUAGGACCUGAUGUAGUGUGAAUAUCUGGUCUAUACAACCACGUCCAGAUCGAAAACCAGCUUGAUUUUUCUAGUCUCCUCUUAAGUUAGGCGUCGAAGUAUGAUUGAAGCUAAUAUUUUAGACACUAUAUUAGUGAAACUGAUUCCUCUGCGAUUGUCACAAGAGGAAUUUUAUCCUUUCUUAUAGACUGGCACAAUCAGUGAUUGAGACCAGUCAGAUGGGAUUACAUCGAGUCCCCAGAUUCUACCUAAGACCUCAGUCAAUCUCACUGCCAAUAUUGGACCGCCAUCCUAUUUUUAUCAUAGUUAUCUAAAAGAGUUUGCUUUGGUGUUAAACUAAUUAGAUAUUUUGUCCAGUCUCAUUUAAAUCAUGCAAUCGUAAAUUUGCGUACACGUACAAAAUAAUCUAGAUUGCCGUUUUGAUUUCCAUUUUAUUUCUCAACAGCUUAUGUAUUGCGUAUUUCAACUAAAUGCUUAAACUUUGAAUAUUUUAUAUAAAUAAACAUUGAAAACAUACAAAUUGAUGGGAUGUCUUAACUUGAAUAACACACAACGAAUUAUUUAGAUUAUAAAGAAAUUUUAAAGUGAAUUAUUAAACAAUAUGUCUACUUACACAAUAUGAUAUAAGGUCACUUCGAACAAUGUUAGCCUUAAUCUAAUAUAUGGUCUUUCGAAUAGUUAACAUAAACAAAUGCACUAUAUGAUGAUAAUAUAUCAGAUUAAAAUUUAUGCACCCAUAUUCUUUAUUUUUAAAAAUAACAAAUAACCUCAAACAGUGAUUCUACUCAUCAAUCAUAUAUAUAAGGUUGUGUAACGGUAUUCAUUGUUAUCGGUUUCUUAGUGUUAAUCGAACUUUAUCGAUUUUAUUUGUUAAUGUAGCCAUUUAAAUCACAGUGUUUUAACAUUGUGGCUUAUUUUCCUUGUUGUGAAAUGAUGAUAGACGGUUUAAAGAUUCUUCUCAACAAACACAAUUCACCGAGUAAUUGAUGUUAAACAUAAUAAUAAUGGAAUUUAAAUUGUUUAAUGUGCAGAAUAUAAAUUAAUCUGAUAUGUACUAAUAGUGUAUACUAUCAGCAGAAUACAGUUUUAUAAUAAUGUGAUAACAAUUUGACUUGUCAUGAAAUAAAUCAAUGGAAAGUUUGCAGUUCUAAAGAUAACUAAAAGAAGAUUAAUAAUGUUUAAUACAUCAUAUCGUAUUGGAAUUAACAUGAAUUUUAUUCAAAUAAACGGUUGUUUAAAGUGUUCUAAUCACUGGCACUGAUUCCGAUUAAACCAAUGGUAAAUAUCUAUGCUUACUGAAUAAUCACUAUGCCUUAAUUUGAAUUAACUCAAUAGCAUGUGUACAUAAGAUUGAAAAUAAAGCUUUCAGAUUGCCUGAUGGAAACGAUAUUAUUUAGUUAAUAAUUUGGGAUUCAAUGAUGAAUUCUCCUAUAUAACUUUGUGAGUAUCUUAUGCUUUAGGGUGUUGGAAAUUUCUCAUCUGAUAAUAAUCUGUUGUGAAAUCUGUUUUCUAGCUUAACUGGGAUGAUUGUAUACAAUCUUCACUAACUAGUAACUCUUUCAGACGGUGGAAGAAUAUUUUUAAAAAUACUAACUGUUACAUUUGUGCAUGAUUUUUACGUUAAACACGUAUAUUUGAGGAAACUUAGCAUAAAGCGUUGUUAUUAUAAACCUAGGUAAGAAUACAUAAGUUGUAUGAAAUAAAAUAGUUUCUAUGUAUUCACCUUUAAGAUGUUCAGACUGUGAGAUAUCUGAUGAAAAAUCAGUAAAACUGGAGACAAGUGUAAGAAGUAACUGUAUAUUUUUCAUAAUCCAGUCAACUACCAAAAGAAAGAGUAAGGGCUACAGUAAGCAGUCUUGUCUGACUUCGAUCCUCACUUGGAACAUGUCUGUUAGUUGUCCUCUAUGCAUGACUUUGCAGUGUAAUCCGUCGUAUGAAUUCCUUGUGGUGUUGACGAUCUUCUCAGGUACACCAUAGUGUUGAAGAAGGUUCCAUAAGGUUCACCUAUCCACAUUGUCAAGUGCUUUCUCGUAGUCAAAGAAGUUGAGGUAUAGUGACGAAUUCCACUCAACUGGUCGUUCAACGAUGAUCCAUAGUGUCACGAUUCGGUCUUUUCACGACCGAUCGUUACGGAAUCCGACCUGUUGAUCUAGAAGCUGAGCGUUUACUGAUUCUUUCAUCUACCUGGGUGAGUUGUAAAACUGUGGUUUCAAACCUGUGGUGUACAUGAGCUCCAUGAUCCAGAGAGGACAAUUGGUGUAUGAACCUAUUGUUGGUCACCAGCUACCAUGGCACUGCAUCUCUUAACAUUGCUCCACUGCCUUGUGGAUCAGACCUCUAGGUCAAAGGCUCGAGGAGCAGCUGCCUAAGAAAACCGCCUGUUUCGUUUUAAGCGCGCGGGCAGUAUUCCAGCCCUCACACAAAUCGAAUGAUGUGUAUAUCGCAUAUAUUUGGUGCCUCCUUGUACCAGUGUUUGUGUUUAAAUAAAUAUUGUACUUAACCAUUCUAUUUGUUUAACCUUUAAUUAUCCUAGUCACGUACUCAAACAGUAAUGAAGUGGAAUUCAGACCUGAAUUCAUGACUUUAUGAUUGUAAAUCAAACUAUCUAACUAUCAAGUUCACUUUUCUUCACUAGGUCACUGACAUAAAUUACUUCUCAAAAAGGGCCUCGUUUAGGACUCAACUUUGAUAAUCCAUUUAUAAGAUAACCGUUUUCCACUACGAAGUUUUAGUUACCUGUUAUAACAUUUUAUUGUACUGGACAGUUCAUCAGCAUCAGUAGAUUACACAUUAAAAAAAAUUAAUUGUUUACAAGGCUAAAUCUAACUUACAGAUUGGUAAUCUGUGUUUAUUCAUCUGAUUAUACUAAUUUAUGUCAUCAAUAAAAUAUUUCCAAUAUUCUUAAAGUAUUUAAAUACAAUAAUUACAAAUUGUCAAAUAAACCUUCGUCUACUAUAUUCUUAUGAAAACCAGUGAUAAUUUUAUUCAGAGACAUAAUCGGUUAUGAACUUUCAUAAUUUCAUUAUUCUUUACUAUCAUGUUUUGUUUUUUCAAUAUUAAAACAUAUAGAGUUACAAAUAAAUGUCUUGAUGUUUCAUUCAACUCUAUUAUGUAUUCUUACAAAUCUAGUUCAUUGUCUCUAUGUUGAAAAUGUAUUAAGUAAUUUUUUUUUAAAUUCUUUAAACAUUGUUUACACACUGUGUUCGUUUGUUUUGUUUUGUUUAAACCAUCAUCGUUUUAUUCAUUUGUAAUUUGACCAUAUAAAAAAGGGUAUAAAAAUACUCAUUUGAAAUCAGUCGAAAGUCACAUGGAUUAUGGGGUUUUUUAUGAAAAUGGUUAACUUAUCAUUAUUAUUAUUAUUCUCAAUUAGAGUUAUGUUUUUUUGUUUAAAUUUGUUUUGUAUAUUAAUUCAAUCAGUAGGUUUAUUCAUAAUUAUUUUCCGGUUACACUGGACUCAAUAUGAAAUGGUUUAAUGUUAAAAAUCAUAAAUAGUUUAUGGAUAGUUUUUGUUUUUAUCAUCAGAGAAUGAUAUCAACUAAAAAAUUUAUUUAAAAAAAAACUGUUGAAAGUCCCUAUUUAUGUAAAUUGAAAUGAUAAUUGUUCGUUCUUAUCAAUCAAUAUGAGGUUUAUGUUAUGACUGGUUGCUGCUAAUUGUUAUAUUGGAAUUGCUUAUUAUUUAUACUUGUAAAACGAGGAACCUUUGCAAUUCCCAUGACGCGAAAUAAGAUCACCAAAACUGGUACAAGUGAAGAUUUAUUAAACCCAUAGCAUGACAACGACUAUAGUUGAAAAUACACAGUUUCAUGUGAAACUUGUUACAAGUACAAUUUGCUUGUUUUGAAAACCACUUUUAAAUCUACUAGAAAAUCAUUAAUUUUCAAACUUAGAUUUUUUACUCAUUUGUAUUAGUUCAUUACAAAUCAUGAUCACCAUUAUGAUUUUUUUCGUAUAUAUACAUAUGUAUGUAUAUACCAAUUUUCUUUUUGUAUUCAUCACAAGCAGCCGCGAACUUUAUCCGAUUCAUCUCUGUCUUCACAACUCACUGGUCGAUCGAAGUCGGCUUCACUUGAAGAUGUGUGCCAUUCGGAUCAACCAGUUAAUCUCGAUCGCUCUUCUAAAUGUUCCGUACUAGGAACUACGGAUGAUGAAUUAAAAGUUGUAUCCGAUGCUGAUAUUCCUUUUAAACAUGUUCCAUCCUUUUCAGAUCCGAGUCACUUCAGUACAAUUGGGGAUGAACCACAGUCUCAACAACUAAACACUAUCAAACGUUGUCCUACCCCUGAAGUUAAAUGUCAUUUAACAUCAGGAACUACACCUAAUGAAGUUAUGUCAGAUAGCUUUCAAGUGCCUCAUAAAUCUGUAAAAGAGAAAAAGAAACGUACGCGAAAAAAACGUCUCGGAUCUCACCAUCAUGAUGAAGUAUCUAGUUCAAAACUAAUGCAACUUAAUUACUUGAAUACUCAGGACCCGUCACUUCCAGAUACAUCUGUAGUAAGUUCUAUGGAACCUCCUAUCACAUGUGGUCCAGGUCACGACCAUCCAGGUAGAGUGUAUACAAACACUGACAUUCCAUUGAAUGUUAACGCCUUAUUUCAAUGUAUUUUCACGGAUUCGGAAUUCUUCUCGCGAUUCAGUGAACAUCGUGGUACAUUUGGAAUGAUUCAAUCUCCAUGGCCAAUAUUUAAGUGGUCUAGUCCCUCAGAUUGUUUAAAUCAGUUAGAAACUUCUAGUAAAAUUGAAAGAACUAUUACCUAUACACUAACGUUAAAACAGAAACUCGGCCCAAGAACAUGCACGGCAGUAGAACAACAGGUAAUUAUUUUACAAUUUCUUUCUCGAAGUUUUGACAAAUUUUUAAAAGUAAUGCUAAGUAAUUCUUGCUAAAUCGAAAAUGUCGUUUAUUGAUUGUCCCCUAAUUAAUUAUGCUAUUUAUCUACUUAAGCAACAUACUCUUUUGCCAAAAUGCUUUGACAAACUAUUUUUUUAUAGAGAAACAGGAAAUUGUAACGAUGGAUUUCUCUUUUUAACCUGCUAUUUUAGUCUCCUUCGUGAAGCUGUUGUUGAAGUAGAUGAACUUAGUCCACAGUCCGACCUUUUUGUAUAAAUAAAUAUCAUACUACUUACUAAUAACAAGUAGUGCUCGUAAGAAAGCAACUAUUUUUUUGGUUGUGUAUGCAGUUAACUUACCAUGCUUCGUAUUCAUUCUUUUAAUGACGACGUGGUAAACUUCUGUGUGCGGGCUCCAAGAUAAUAUCUUAAGGCCGAGAUUGAAGUGGGUGGUUUUAUUUUGGAACUAAUCUUAUAAGCUCUGAAACAAGAUCAUGAUACACAAGGCGAUUAAGCAAGUUCAUAAGAUGCACUACCAUAGUAGCCAGUGGUCUAAAUAGAUCGGUAUACUUUAGAUGGUGGUUGGAGGUAGUCCAUUCGAUCUGCACCAAUAAGGACUAGACAAGCAUGACAUUGAUCACCACCCAGUGAUCAAUCAAUUGUGAGAUCGGUAUACUAUUCUUCAUAUCUAGUUCCUAUGUACACCGUCAGCCUGGAAUAAUGGUUCUCUAGCUCCCUCAGGUGAACUAUCCAUAUUUAAAAGCGGAGUUUAAGCCCUAGACGUUCGCUUUUCAGCUUCUCUUUUUGUAAAAUCACUUUCACCACGUGGACGUCCUUGGCAGAGACCCAAACUCUUGGAUGUAUAAAACCAUUUUUAGGGGGAGAACUACUACACAAAAAUCAUUUUGUGACAAUGGAGCAAAUAAUCGAAUUUUCAUUAUUUGUUUUAUCAAUUUCAACAUGAAUUUAACUAAUUUGAAAGAAAAAAGAAAGUAACAAUGCAGUGUCGUGUUUCAUUGACUCAUUGUUACAGUCCACCUAAGUGAUCUUAUACGUGUGAAAACUCAAUAAUUUUAAUUUUAUAUACAGUUACAUUUUAUUGUCAAUGUAAAAAUUUAGUACUAAUAUUAGUUUAAUCCCAUUGUAUUGUUGGUUGGUUUUUUACUAAAAUAAUCAUUAUUUGUCAAAACUUAGCCAUUAUUUUGAAGUUAUAAGUUUUUUCAUCUGUUUGUAUAUAUAUUUUAUAAGCCUUCUCCCCUGCGAAGAUCAAUCAUACUUGCGAACUGGUCUCUUAGUAUAAUGACUUUAACUUCAUUGACAAUUAGGAAAAUAUGCAGUUUUGGGUUCGAUAAUGAUUGAGAACCUUUGGUUCUUUAGAACAUUAUUUAUAAUCAUUUAUUUAAAUCUUUACCAUUUGAAGUUGUUAUCAUUCACUAUGGUUAUAUUGCCUAUGGAUGAAUGUUUGAAUUAAAUCAUGUACGUAAUAUUGAUUAGUUUUCUAAUACCCAAUAUCCGCAUAGAUUAUGUUAGUUUUAGCAAACAUCCAUCAAUUAUUUGUAAUGUGUAUUUAAUUUAACAGAAUAGUUUGUUUUGACCAUUCAUAUUGAUCAACGGUGUUAGUUAACAUCAUACAAAUAUUAUAGUCUAUGGUUAGAGUUCAUGUAUUUUGCUUAUUGUACAGUAAAGAACUCUAAUAAUAAUUCUCUCUGUAUGUUCCUUUCAAUGAUAAUUAUUUACCUUUCUAACUAAAGAUAUUAUAAAUAACAAUAUAUAUGUCGGUAGUGUUCAUUAAUUUGACUAUGUAUUAUUCUUUCACGUUUUUUUUUACUCAACUCAUACCUUUUCUUUUGUUCAAUUUUAGAUAAAUUAACGCAAAAUUUAAAUAUUUACAAAUGGUUUUACUUUUUGUUGUGAAUUUCAGACUCUCCUCUCAAGUGAAUCCAUAUCUGGGAAAAGAUAUAUCAUUGAUGCUAAAGUUACAAAUCAUGCUGUACCACUAAGUAAUUGUUUCUAUGUAGUUAGUCGUUAUUGUUUAUUGUAUGUAAAUCGUACAACUAGCCGACUACACGUUAGUUCACAAGUUAUUUAUGAGAAACCAGUGUUUUUUGGAGCAAAAAGUAUCAUAGAAAACACUUGUCAUUCUGGUCUUUCGGAUUUCUUUGAUACAAUAACUAUUAAAUUAAAAGAAUUCUCUACAAAUUUAUCCUUAGAAGAACGUCUAACCGGUGGUUGGUUAGCACAACAGAGAGGAUGCUUAAACAAUAUUACUCCUUCGUUAAAUCCAUCAAAUAUUCAAAAUAAUCCACUAUUAAUUCAAAGUGUUAAUGGUAAUCAGAAUAAUCGUAAACUUAAUAAAGUUGAUACAUUGUUUACAGGGAAUGUAAACAGUAGUAAAGUUCCUGCAUCACGAUAUUCUGAUCAAGCGAAAUCAUCUAUAUUCAACAACUGUAUAAAUGAUAAUACAAAUGUUAAAAAACAAAAUAAAACUACACUAUUCGGGUCUGGUGAUAUGACUUACUUAUUUAUGCGUCCAGAUCGUGCUUGGUUAUUACUAGUUGUUAUGUAAGUGGUAUUUUUGCGCAAGUAUUUUUUUGUGUGUUAAAUUCACUUCGAAAGUUUCCUAAUAGCCUAUUGGUCAGAGAAAGAGGUUUAUUAUUUUGUUCCACUUAUUCCCCAUGUGGUGUGUGCUACUAAUGUUGACAGAUAUAAGUAGUAUUUAUCAUCAGUCAAAGUGAAAUGUCUGGAGGCAGAAGACCAAAGAAAAGAGGACGAAAACAAAGUGAUUGGUGUGAAAGAAUGAAGUCCGAGACGAUUGACUGAUAUUCGCAAAAAGAACAGUCAGGUGUAAGGCAAUUAAUUAACAUUCUGCAAACUAAGUAUUUACUGUAUGGUUCUCAGACGUUCUGUAAUUUUGUGUUCACAUACAUUCGAUUGUCCCUACUUGUGUUCUCAGGGAUUCUUUCCUCAUUUAUCAGUAAAAUAUUCGAAUUAUUUAUGAGCUAAUGAAUAGAGCAGUAAAUUAAUGACUGAAACACUCAUCUCUUAAGCAGAAAAGUUACGGGUUCUAACCUCACCGCAUCACUAUCCCUAUACAAUGUAACUCAAAAGAGUACAUAAACAUGUACUUAGUGGUUGUUUGAUACGACGUACUGCUGUAUGACAGAUAAUCAAUAUGAAGACUUAUUUUCUUAAUUCAUUGUUCAAACGGCCGAAUCGACUAAUACGCCACAUAAAUGGAAGACAUGCAGUGGUAGAAGUUUGUCAUUAUGUUGUUUCAAUGAAUCGUAGAUACAUCAAAAAAACUAUGUAACCCCUGUAGCAGUUGUGGAAAAUUCUUUAUUUGAUUAGAAUUCAGUAUUAUUGUGUAUAUUCAAACAUAUAACGAAUAAAGAGACUAUUUUUAGAUAAUUCGACUAAUAAUCUUUUUUUAUAGGACUAUUUAAUCAGUGCUGUAGCAUAAACUAAAUUAACUUGUACCCCUUUUACUCCAUAUUUCAAUUUCAAGUCAGUUUCUAUCUACUGUAUUCGGUGUUUCCCUUCUCAUACAUACAACCAUUCUUAUUAAUGAAUACAUCUGUUCACAGAAUACUUCAUUUGAAAGAGCCGCAUAAGUUUUUGUGACUUCAUUAUGGACUCAAUAAGUGAGGCGUAUUUCAUUACGUUAGACUUUUGAAGUCGAUUUGUUAUCAUACCUUGUGGAAACUAUUAUACCCAUGAAUUGACAAUCGCCAGAUUGUUGUAUCUGCAUUUCACAUGACUGUACCUACUCGAAACAUAUUCCGAUGUACUUAUAAAUUCAGGGGUUACAAAGCAAUGGACAAGGAUUCAUAGUAGUGAACCAAAUUUAAUUUUGAUGAGAUAACAAAACUGCUUUUACGAAAUCAAUGAAUCAGAAAAAGAAUUUCAUUUUCUCAAAUUGUAUUCAAAUUGGUUUGACUGGCUGAUUAAAUAUAGGGAUUUAAAGCAAUAAUUUUUUUCCACACUUAAUAAUACUUCAUUUCGCCAAAAACUAUAUAUAUUUCUAUGUCAUUAAUUUUCUGAAAUCAGUCAUUGAAUCUUCCUUGUUGCAUUUUCUCUUCCACAGAGGUUUAUUACUUUGCUUAUUCUUAUCAAUGGUAUAUAAUCGGCUAGUAGUUUUAGAAAAACUAGCGGAACAAUUUCCUCCUCUAUCAGCUCAUGAUCGGAAUCAUUUUCAUGAUCUGUUUGGAACAUCACCACAAGAAGAUCGAGGAUCUAUACCAAUUUACAAGGAUCAUUUAGCUUCAAAAUCACCUGAAUGGGCAAGAACACGAUUAAAAGUGAUGAAAGAUCUCAUACACCUGUUAUCUAAAACACUUAUACAGAUGCAACAGACAUUAACUCAAGUACAACAGGGUAUAGAACUUCUAGAAUUCCCACCAUCUAACUUGGAGGAUAAUAUCAAAACAAGUAUGAAUGUGAAGACUCCGACAAAUACAGAUACGAAUUGUCCAGAUACUCAAACUAAACAUGUACCUUAAUGAUUAUCAUCACCAGGCAAUUUUGAAUGUAUCUUUUAUUUUUCUUACUUAUAAGCUAACUAACUAGUCAGUACUAUGUUUAUUAAUUGCUGAAUGUAAGAUAAUCAGUCAAUACUUCAGUUGAUUUAUCAUACAAUUACCAGAAAAUAUUGAUGUUUUUUUAACUUUUUGGAACUGUGAUAAUUUACGUUGUUUACAUGUUAAUAAUGGUUAACCUACUGUAUUGUUUUGUAUUAUUUCGCUAUUGGUCUUUUCUUCAUUCCAGUGAGCGAAUUCUUUUCUAUGUAAGGGUAUAUUAUAUUCCUUGUCAGAAAAUGGACACACUACUUAUAUUACUUAACAUUUAUUAUUAAAUCCACAUUUUGUUCAAUUUACCCUUCACUUUUCCUAGAUUUAUUAUCAAUUCUCAUUACACUGGGCUCUUUCUUUCUUUCUUUCUACACUCAUGAUAAUUAUGUUGAUCUUUUCAUCUCAACAAAAAAAUACUAUUUUUAAGUUGAUUAAGUUAGUUCUUUAUCAUUAUAGAAAUAAAGAUCAAGAACUUGGGACUGAUUCGCGUCAUCGAACAUUCUUUUUCGAAGUUUAUAAGAAUGUGAAUAAUUGAACCGACCGCUAGUCAACGAAUAACAACGUUGUUUUAUGGAGCUUGGGAGAGCAGCUGACUUGAGAAAUCGGACGAGCGUGGAAAUAGUUAUAUAUAUAUAUAUAUAUAUAUAUCAUCCCACUUGGCAACUAUUUUAAUUAAUCUAAUAGAAAUGGUAAAUUCAAACAGAAGUAUCUGAGCAACUAUCAGCUAGACUAAAGCAUGAAUAUAACACAAAGCAUCCUCACAGAACUAAAUAUUUGUCUCAAGUAUAGAUAAUAGGCUGUGCUGAAAAACCACCUAGUAGGUAACAUCAUAUAACAGCAUGAUAUGGCUUGGAAAUCCAGUUAUUGUGAACUCUUACAUAACGAUAAAAACAAAGAUCUAUAGAAAUAUCAUACUGCCAAGAAAUCUAUCCCUGAUAUUUGACGGUCAAAAAGUUGAGCAUACAUUUAUCCAAACCCUUAUCUUCCCGAUUACUGCUUAUACUCUUACUACUUCUACC